UGCCACCCACACCAGCUGUCCCACUCGCCAUGGAGAAGAUCCGGAUCCUCCUGCUUGUCGCCCUUUCUGUGGCCUCUGCAGCUCCUGGUCCACGGGGGAUCAUCAUCAACCUGGAUAACGGUGAGCUGUGCAUAAAUAGUGUCCAGUGUAAGAGCCAAUGCUGCCAACACGAUGGUGCGUUGGACCUGGCCCGCUGCAUACCCCUGGCCAGCGAGAACAGCGAGUGUUCUGUCAAGACGCUCUACGGGAUUUACUACAAGUGUCCCUGUGAGCGUGGCCUGACCUGUGAUGGAGACAAGACCAUCUUGGGCGCCAUCACCAACACCAACUUUGGCGUCUGCCACGACCUUGGACGCUCCAAGCAGUGAGACCGCCCACCCACUCCCACACCUAGCCCAAAAUGCUGCAGGCCACUAGGCUCAAGGGCACCUCUCCCCCUGCUCCAGGGCAUCUCCCGGGCUGGCCACCUCCUUGACCAGCACCUCUGUUUUCUGAUUGGACUCUUCACAAUUAAAGGCCUCCUGCAAA